AGAAAUGUAUUUACAAGCAAUACGAUCGGCCGGGCAACAAACAUUUACCUUCUGCGGCGCGCCGGAUUUUGGUAUAAAUAAGGUAUCCCUCGCUGGAUGAGCAGUUAGUUCUAUCGGCUUGCACAUCAGUCAACACCACCCGCUCCCUCAACAUGAAAUUGUUAGUGUGCCUCGCUCUGGCCUUGGUGGCCGUCAGCGCCAGACCCCAACAGGACGGAACCACCCCCAUCCCCAUCCUGCGUUACGACAACGAGGGUGUCAACCACGACGGCUCCUACGAAUGGGCGUACGAGACCGGCAACGAGAUCGUGGCCAACGAGAAGGGCUACGUGAAGAACCUGGGCGUGCCCGAGCAGGAGACUCAGGUCGCCGAGGGUUCGUACUCGUACACCGCCCCUGAUGGCCAGCGCAUCACCGUCACCUACAUCGCCGACGAGAACGGAUUCCAGCCCCGUGGCGACCACCUCCCCACCCCUCCUCCCAUCCCUCCCGCAAUCCAGCGCGCCCUUGACUACCUCGCCACCCUUCCUCCCCAGCAGCAGCAGAAGUAGACGGCGCGCCAUUAUUGCAUGUUAACAAUUAUUGUAUUGCUCGCGCGUGUUGCCAAUAAGACUUGUCCAAAAACGUGUAUAUAUAUAUAUGAGAGUUGAAAAGUAAUGUGAAAACCAUAAAAAUAUUUACAAAUGCCAAGCAAUAUAAUAUAAUUAUUUAAUACAAACCGAAAA